AUGGGAUCCCGCAAGAGGACUACUGGGGCAAGCCCUAGUGGUGGGGAAAGACAAAAAAAGCAAAAGAAUGAUGCUCGCAUGAAGAGCGUAAAGGAGAAAAAUAUGACGUGCAAGUGGCAUGCGGAUAGACCCACCCUGGGGCUAAAUGAUGAAGUGGUUCGAGUGAUAGAGGGGCAUGGCUUUGAUGUUUGGUUCAAACUCAUAGGGGGCUAUGUGAUGGGAACCCUUGAACGAAUUCAAGAACCCAUAGGCAAAUUGAUUGAAGACUCCCAACAAG